AUGUUCGUCUAUCGCCGCGAGGACCUGCCUGCGGACCCAGUGUUCCCCGCGAACCUGGCAGAGCUUGGAUACUUUGUGAACGAUAAAGACCAGAUCCGCAAGAUCUCAGAUCCGACGCAGGAGUUCCAGUAUAAGAUCAACCGCAACUCCCGUUGGAACGACGUCCAGAGAGAAGCUAUGAACGAAUGCAUCCGCAAGAUCGUCUUAUCUCGUCUGCGCAAGCUCGGCCUCGUCGACCUACACCUCCCACUAGCUGCAGCAACAAAGAAGGCCCAUGUGCCAAUCAUGGUGUCAAAGAACCUGUCCGCUGCCUCCCACAUCAUCGUGCUGUUUGGCGAGCCCAUCCAGGACCUGGGCAUCUGGUCGUAUCGCAGUGUCGGCUCUGACGGUAUCAAUGCAGGCUCGCUCGUGUCCUUUGCUCAGGCCGUACUGCGUCCGGGCCAGGCAGAUGGCGGUGUUGAUGCGAACAUGCCCAAUACCGCCCUUGUACUCGCAAACACCGGUCAACUCGUCUGGCACUGUGCCUCCGGCCAGGCCAUCACGCUGACUCACUGGCUGCACAUGCCCCGUGAAUCGGCGGUGGACCCGCCCCCCGAGAUGUCUCGCCGGAACAAGAUUCCCGGUCACGAGCACUGGGCGAAUCAUGUUGAUCGUGUAUUCGAGGACAUCCUGUCUGCACGGGGUCGACUGGUUAGCUGGGGUGCAAAAAUCAGCAUUGUGGGAGCCUCGGAGGGAGGGUUGGGUGCUCUUCGGUACUUGGCUCGGAAUUGGGCUUCUUGGAGAUCAAACAUCUCGGCUAUCUGUUUUGCCAACCCUCUUCACAUAGCGCAGAUCGAAAUUGGUGCGGACUACGAGAAUCUGGCCUCGGCGGAUCCGACUUCCUUUGCGGCUUUUGUCGUCUCACGCUGUCGCGGCUACGUGCUCUCGAACGAGCCGCUAGGGAUGCCGGCUGAGGCAAUGCUCGAUCAUGGCUGUAAUUGCUAUUCAUCGGGCGAGGAGCUGAACACGGAGGGCAUUAUGCCAAAGGCUUGGUCUCAUGCGCUGGAAUGGCUCAAUCGGGCUUUCGCAGAUCCGAACUAUGGAGAGGCGAAGUUGGAGAUUCGAUACUUUGACAGUAGUGAGUUGAAUUACGCGGGGGCUACCGAGGAUGGUGCUUAA